AUGCAGAUCUUUGUGAAGACCCUGAUGGGCAAAACCAUCACCCUGGAGGUUGAGUCCAGUGAGACCAUUGAGAAUGUCAAAGCCAAAGUCCAAGACAAGGAGGGCAUCCCCCGCCACCAGCAGCGUCUGAUUUUUGCAGGCAAACAGCUGGAAGAUGGUUGUGCUUCAUCAGACUACAAUACCCAGAAAGAGUCCACCCUGCCCUUGGUGCUUCACCUGUGGGGUGGUGUCAUUGAGCCUUCCUUCCACCAACUGACCAAGAAAUACAACUGCGACAAAAUGGUCUGCUGCAUGUAUUGUGCUCACCUGCACCCCAGUGCAGCCAACUGA